UCUCUGCCCCAAAGCUGAGAGCUAUUGGCUUGCGCGCCUUAAUUAUUUCACUCUCUCUCACACAGUUUGCCCGACCGCCGACACACAGACACCGCGCUCCAUCUGUCUGUAUUGUGAAGCAGAGAUGCAGUCGCUGUUCGCCAUCCUCGGCGACAGACUGGCCCUGUGUAAACGUUAUCAGUGCAGGGUAACCUGUUACUGGUGACAGUCUACGACGACAAAUGAUCGAGACCCUCGCGCAGCAUACCCGGGUCAGAUUGGGAGGAAGACGACCAGCGCAAUGAUGGGACAGUUUUCGGGGGUAUGGUACCGGAGUUUGGUCAUCCUCUUGUUUCUCGGUUUGCAGUUCCCGGCCACGGCGGCACGAGGUUCCAGGAGUGAUGCUCUGCAGCAUGGCACAUCAGGGACCCUCCCCCACUUCCUGCAGGAGCCCGAUGAUGCCUACAUCGUCAAGAGCAACCCCAUCAAGCUCAAAUGCCGGGCCCGCCCCGCCCUGCAGAUCUUCUUCAAGUGCAAUGGGGAGUGGGUACACCAGAGCCAGCACCAGUCUCAGGAACACACCGACCAGGGCACAGGGCUGAAGAUCCGGGAAGUGAUGAUCAACGUGUCCCGUCAGCAGGUGGAGGACUUCCAUGGCCCUGAGGACUACUGGUGUCUGUGUGUGGCCUGGAGCCACCUGGGCACCUCCAAGAGCCGCAAAGCCACCGUACGCAUCGCCUACCUGAGGAAGAACUUUGAGCAGGACCCCCAGGGGAGGGAGGUGCCCAUUAAAGGCAUGAUUGUGUUGCACUGCCGUCCACCAGAGGGAGUGCCUGUCGCAGAGGUGGAGUGGUUGAAGAAUGAGGAGCCGGUGGGCUCGGAUGGGAAUAUCGACACGCGGGCGGACCACAACCUGAUCAUCCAGAAGGCGCGUUUGUCUGACUCGGGAAACUACACAUGUCUGGCCAGCAACAUCGUGGCCAAGAGACGCAGCCUCACCGCCACUGUGGUCGUAUUUGUGAACGGAGGGUGGUCAUUGUGGACAGACUGGUCCGCCUGUAACGUGCGCUGUGGGCGAGGGGUCCAGAAACGCUCCCGUACCUGCACCAACCCCGCCCCUCUCAACGGGGGCACCUUUUGUGAGGGCAUGUCUGUCCAGAAGAGUACCUGUAAUGCCCUCUGCCCAGUGGAUGGUGGCUGGGGAGAGUGGACAGAUUGGACGGUGUGCAGUGCGGAGUGUGCGAGGCAGCGCAGCAGACAAUGUACAGCCCCGGAGCCUAAACACGGAGGCAGGCUGUGCGACGGGGCCGCCCUGGGAACAGAUAACUGCACCGGGGGCCUCUGCACUCAGAAUCGAAAGCUGCUACACGACGCCAAGCCACAGGGUCUGGAGGUUAGCAGUGACGUAGCGCUGUAUUCGGGCCUGGCGGCAGGGGUGGUGACUGUGGUGGUGUUGAUUGUGGCAGUGACCCUCUACCGGAGGAACCAGAGCGAGUACGGUGUGGACGUCAUUGACUCCUCCGCCCUCACUGGGGGCUUUCAGUCCUUUAGCUUCAAGACCGCCUGCCAAGGCAACCCCCUGUUGAUAAACUCAUCCCAGCAGCCGGACCUAACGGUGUCACGGACCUACACCAGCCCCAUCUGCUUCCAGGACUCCAUGGAUAAAGAACUCAUCUCUCAGGAGCCUUCGCUCUUCGACCCCCUGCCUGACCUCAAGGUCAAAGUUCACUCCUCUUUCAUGGUGUCCCUGGGCGUGUCAGAGAGGGGGGCCGAGUACCACAUCCAGAAAGCCCAACCCCAGACCUUCCCCCGGGGACUGGCGCCCGACUACAGCGGUGUGGGGUUGGAGGGGACGCUGAGAGGAAGGAGGGAGAAGACCCUCCUCGGCCCCCUUGCCCCGUCUACGCCAUUCAGGCCCCCACUCAGGACGGCCGGGGUGUUCGGACACGCGGGAGGGAGGCUGGUGGUGCCCAAUACAGGCGUGAGUCUGUUGGUGCCCCAUGGGGGGAUAGCUGUGGACACUACCUGGGAAAUGUACAUGGUCAUCAACCAGGAGGACAGCAGCAGCAGCACCCUAUCAGAAGAGAGACAGGAGGUCCUGCUGAGUCCAGAGGUCACGUACGGUCCGCUGGGCCUUGACCUCUCCUGUCCCGUCGCCAUGACGAUAGCCCACUGCGCUGAGGUUGCCGCCAAUAACUGGAGCAUCCGCCUCAAGAGGCAGACACAGGAUAACAAGUGGGAGGAAGUAAUGUCGGUGGAGGAGGAGAGCACUUCCUGCUACUGUCUGCUGGAGGCUCAGUGCUGCCACCUGCUGUUGGAGCAUCCAGGGCGCUACGCCCUGGUGGGGGAGCCUCUGAGCCAGGAGGCUGUGAAGAGGCUGAGGUUGUCCGUGUUCGGUAGUGCAGACAACACCAAUCCACUGGGAUACAGCCUCAGAGUGUACUGUGUCGACGACACCCCCUACGCAUUCCAGGAAGUGGCGUCUGCCGAGCGGGUGAGGGGUGGUUGUCUCCUGGAGGAGCCCAAGACGCUGCUGUUCAGGGGGAACUCCCUCAGCCUACAGCUUUCCAUCCAGGACGUCCCCCAGUUCCUCUGGAGCAUCAAGCCUUUCACCACCUGCCAGGAGUUCUCAUUCUCUCAGGUGUGGGCUAGUAACCAGCACCCCCUGCAGUGUGCCUUCUCAUUGGAGCGUUACAGCCCCGCCUCCUCCCAGCUGUCCUGUAAAAUCAGUGUGCGCCAGGUCAAAGGUCAGGAGCAAAUCCUCCAGGUCUACACCUCCGUAGUCGAGAGUGAAAAGGAGGUAGUCCCCUUCUUCACUCAGUCGGACUGUACCAUCACAUCACAGAUGGGGUCCAGGGCUUUCAAGAUCCCACUUUCCAUCCGCCAGAGGAUCUGUGCCACCUUCGACACAGCCAACGCCAAGGGCAAGGACUGGCAGCUGCUUGCACAGAAACUCUGCAUAGACAGGAACCUGUGUUACUUUGCGCGUCAGGAGAGCCCAUCGGCGGUGAUCCUCAGCCUGUGGGAGGCCCAGCACCAGGACACAGGAGACCUGGACUCUCUGGCCAGCGCUCUGGAGGAGAUCGGCAAGGUCCACUCCACCCACUCCACCUCCAAUAGGACCAGCACGCAGACCACCACAGGGACCACCACAAGGACCACCGCUACCCUGGGCCGCAGCACUGAGGAGCUGGACGCUGAGUUCACCUAACCAGGGGAGGGUUGAACGGAUGAACUGGAGCCCCAGCAAAGGAUCACAAGGCUGGGAAUGAACUAGCCAAAACAGGGGAGGAAUGGCUGGACCCUUACAGUGGAGGAGGUCAUACAGAAGACUCCAGUCAGGGGAGGAUUGGACAGAGAGCAGACAUGACUAAGUACUACAGGGGAACUAAUUAACUACUUUUACUAAAGUCAGACCACCAGGCUGAAUGGAGGGGUAAGAGGGACAAGAUGAUAGGAGAACAAGAGAUGCUGGAGGAGAAGGGUAUAAGGGAGAGAAUGAAAAGGGGUGAGGGGGACAAUGGUUUGAGAGGGGAGGGGUGAAGACCAGUGAUAGGGGUGCAAGAAGAGAUGGGGAUAAGGGACAGGGGACAAGGGAUAGUGGUGCAAGAGGAGAAUAGGUGCAAGGGAGAGAGGGAGAAAGAGACAAGGAAGCAGUGUAGUGGGUUCUAGAGGUCUAAAGGUCUUGUCACGAGAGGACAGCUACUGUUGUUUAGGUAGAAACAGAUGGAACUAAUUACAGUAACCUAGGGACUACUCCACAACAGAGUCAAAAAGUGAACCACAAACCAACAAGUGGCACUCUUUCUAACCUGGACUAUUAAGCCCUACCCCUCUAGUCAUUCCCCUCAAUAGCAAGAAUUCUUUGUGUGACGUGAAUAUGUUGUUGUUUAUUUUAUAUUUAUAAUAUCUCUUUUCUUGUGUUUUUCCUUGCACAUUGAAGGUGUGUUAAUGCAUCGGCCUACUGUGGAACCAGAGAGAAACAAGCUCUAUCUAGGUAUUGUUGACAACAUGUUGUGAAAAACAGUCAGUAUUGACGUCUGCCAUAUGACGUCACAAACAUUUGGGUUACCCAUACACACACGAGCAUACUACUUAGAAUGAAGGAAUGUAUUUGGGCAUACAUUCAGAGUGCAAUGUAUUGGGGCAUACAUUCAGAGCGGUGUGCUUUGUGGUCUAUGCUGAUAUUGGGACGCAGCCAAUAAUGUUAUUUUACUGAAUGGCACUGAAAAAGUUCUGGUGUCACACUAAAGCAGUGACAUUAAUUAACAAAUGGCUAUCUGCAGAUGAAUGAAGGAGAAUGUAUGAGGGAUGGUCGAAACAUCCCAGGCUGUCACAUGGGUAAGAUCAACACCCACACACAAACAAGCAGAAUGGCACUUUCCUAUCAGGUGGAUAUUUUUUACCUAAAUGUAUUGGUCAGAAAAUGAAUCGAAGUGAUUAGAGUAUUUACGUGUGCUGUUAACCCUUAAACUCCCACUCCAGUGGUGCCGUAGGCCAAGUCAGGCUAACUAACUAACCCUUAGCCUACUACCCAGAAAACACAAACCCAAAUAUUAUUCAACUUCAAAAAGUUGCCCACCCACAUACACACAGAAAAUAGGUCAAAAUAAAAAAAGGUCAACUGUGAGAAACAGUGUGUAGAACUGUCAUGGUGUUGUUUCAUGGAAUUUACAGUGUUUUUACAUGCUAGUACCUAACUAUAGUAAGCUGUCCAGUCUCCUCUACCUAAAGUGUGGGAGACACCAGGCACGUGGCAGAGGUGCUCCCAACGUUGUUACAGCAUUUAAACCCAUCACACACGAUAGCAGGAGCUGCAGCUUGGAGAUGAUGAACUCACACACACACUGAACUGAUCUGAAAUACACACACACACACACACACACACACACACACACACACACACACACACACACACACACACACACACACACACACACACACACACACACACACACACACACACACACACACACACACUCUCUCUGGGCACAUGCAUACACAGUUCCCCAAUGUAGUGAGAGGUGCAUGCCUAACUGAAUAUCUGGAAGGCAAAAAAUUAGCAGACGCGAAGAACUAUCUAUGGACAGUUUGUGGGUGCAUGUGUGCGCACCUCCUGGACGUGUGUUUGUGUGUCAUGAAUUUGAAGAUCUGGCUUUGUCCCUUUGGAGAAUCCAGCCUAGUGCUAGUAUUUGAGUUCAGUCUGAUGUGUGAUGUGUGUAUCUCUCACAAGCUACUGUCUUUAGAUCGGUAUUCCUUUGGAGAAAAAUAAAGAAACAGUCCUGAUAUGUGUAAAACGAUAUCUUUGUCAGACGUACUGAGACAUUAGACAUUCAGCGCUUUUAUUUUGACCUGCUGUUUUGACAUCAUCUGCCCUUCCUUAUUAGGAAGAAAUCCAAGAGAUCCUUCCUAGUUCUCAUACUGCAAUUAUUAUAUUUUUGGUUAGAGUAAAACGUAACUAUUAAAAAUAGUUGAAUGAUGAUUUUAUGCUGAAAAUAUUAUUAUGCAUACAGUGAGAGGCAUUUAAAAUUCAAUUAAGCCAUGAACUCUAUAAUCACAUUUGAUUGACUAUCGCGUUUUACAACGCUAUACAUUUUCAAUGUUAAGCAGGUGAAUAGUACGCUGAUCAUUAUGCUGCUUUAUCACUGUUUGAUGUGUAUUUCUGCUGAUUUAUAUUCUUUUCUUUUUUUCCUCAACAUGAUUUGCAAAUGUAUAUACUCUAUCAUGUUUUGAAAUAAAUAUGCAGUGAAAUUCA